AUGGUGUGUGCUGCAGCCUCCCCCACCCUGACCACAGCCUCCUGGUGUCUUCUCUGCCUACCUCUUGAGAGGUUCCAUGUGUUUGGCCCCUCAGGCCCCAUUGUGGCAGAGCUGGGCAAGGAUGCCACACUGCCCUGCUCCCUGUUCCCAGUCAUGAGUGCAGAGAACAUGGAGUUGAGGUGGUUCCGGUCCAAUGUCUGGGAGUCAGUGUUCACCUAUCAAGACCGACAGGAGCGGCAUGAGGAGCUGAUGGCCCAGUAUGCAGGGCGGACCUCACUGGUGGGGAAAUUCCUCAGUGAAGGGGAGGCUUCUGUGAUCAUCCACGAGGUCCAGGCUGCUGACAACGGGCUGUACACCUGCUUCUUCAGCAAUGGAGUCCUCCAUGGGCAAGCCAGCUUGGAGCUGCAGGUGGCAGGUGUGGGCUCUGCUCCUCAAGUGCACAUCUUGGGGCCAGAGGAGGACGGGGUGCGUGUAGUGUGCACAGCCUCGGGCUGGUUCCCAGAGCCCCAGGUGCAGUGGAGACACCUCCAUGGGGAGCAGUUCCUAGAGUUCUCCAAGGCCCAGGCCCAGGACAAUGAGGGGCUGUUCAGUGUGGAGGCUGCUCUGGUGGUGAGAGACAGCUCUGCGGGGAGCGUGACCUGCUCCAUCCUCAACCCCAUCCUGGGCCAGGAGAAGGCCAUGGCCAUUGUCAUCCCAGCCUGGAGGAAGGCCCAGCUGUAUGCAGAUUGGCGGAAGGAGCAGUUCCAGGCCUGGCCUGUCACUCUGGAUCCAGAUUCUUGCAGUCAUGAAAUUGUCCUCUCUCAUGACAAGACGAGUCUGACCUGUCAUCACGAUGGAAAAGGAGGAGAAUACACUGUUUUGGGUCUUGAGGGCAUCACAUCAGGGCGCUGUUACUGGGAAGUGGAGGUCAAGAGUGGAGACCGAACUCAGUGGGGACUGGGGGUCUGGAGGAAAGAUGAGAAAAACAGAUACAGUGCUAACUCCCCACUGAAAGGGAAGUGGGUUAUUGGCCAGUACAACUACAUUUUCCAAGCCUUUACUGACCCUGAUACUACACUACCCAUCAGGCAGUUUCCCCACAGGGUGGGGGUUUUCCUGGACUAUGAUCACGGGGACGUCUCCUUCUAUGACAUGACUGAUGGCUCCCACAUCUUCUCCUUCCCUCCUGAGUCCUUCUCUGGGGCCCUCCUUCCAUACUUUGCAUGUUAUUCUGGAGAUGUGUCCAUGACCCUCUGCCCCCUGGAGGCUGGGCCCCAGAAGCCCUCUGUUCCCAUGAACAAUCCUCCUUCUCUGGAGGAGCCUACCGUGUCCCCAUGA